CUCCAACCUAAAUUUUGAAGGAUUUUUAAACAUUACAAAUUCAAAGCAUUUUGAGGACACCCAUUAACUAAAAAAACAAACAAUUGCAGAUCCGCCCAAACUACCUGAAAUUGGUUUGGGGCAUGUACACUCCAUUUUAGCGGAGCAACAUCAAAUUCCAUUUGGCAUCUUCUGCAAUCUUCUGGCAAUAUCCUACCCCCCUGCUUCAUUUCACUCCGUCUCUACUCAUUUCGCAGCCAGUUAUCAGCUACUUUAAAAUCUAAUACGUCGAUCCAAGAUGUAUAUGGCAUAUGGCUGGCCACAGGUCAUCCCACUGGAGCCUGGUCUCUGCCAUCAUUCUCAGCAAAUUGUUUACCUCAAGGUCACUAACGGCUUAUUGCUUGUAGUAUCGCCAAUUCACCUUGAGCUCUGGUCCUCUUCUCAGCAUAGGGUGAGAUUGGCGAAGUACAAGAGAGAUUCAGAUUCAAUUCACAGGGAAGGCGAGAAUAUUCAGGCUGUUUGGAGUCCCGAUACCAAAUUGGUUGCUAUAAUCACAUCAUCUUUGCAUAUCCAAAUCUUUAAGCUUCAAUUUACAGAAAAGAAAAUACAAAUUGGAGGGAAACAACCAUCUGAUUUGUUUCUAGCAAAUAUAAGUUUACUUCUUAGCGAGCACAUGCCAUUUGCUGACAAGAAUUUGACAGUGAGCAAUAUUAUCUCUGAUAACAAACAUAUGCUUGUUGGACUCUCUGAUGGGUCAUUGUAUAACAUUUCAUGGAAGGGUGAGUUUUAUGAAGCCUAUAAUAUUGAUGAUCAGUUUCACUAUGAUAGUGAGGGUACUAAAGUUCCAAAUUAUCUAGAAAAUGAGUUUUCUUCAAGUGGGACUGAAAUUGAUUCUUUGCCUAGUUAUUGCAAGUCAAAACCAUCCGCAGUGUCCCACCUGGAAUUUUCCCUACUCUUAAGGUUGCUGUUUGUUCUAUUCUCUGACGGGCAACUCAUCUUAUGUUCUGUAAGCAAAAAGGGCUUCAGACAUUCUGAAUCUGUUAAAUAUGAAAAACAAUUGGGUUCUGGUGAUGCUGUUUGUGCCUCUGUUGCUUCAGAACAACAAAUUCUUGCUGUUGGUUACAAAAGAGGUGUUGUUGAGUUGUAUGAUCUUGCAGAUUCCGCUUCACUGAUACGCUCUGUUUCUUUGUCUGACUGGGGGUAUUCUGUUGAGGAUACUGGUGCUGUAAAUUGUAUUGCUUGGACAGCUGACAAUUCUGCUUUCGCAGUUGGGUGGAAGUUAAGAGGGCUUACAGUUUGGUCAGUUUCUGGGUGUCGAUUGAUGUGUACAAUCCGACAAGUUGGAUUAAAUUCUAUAUCUUCUCCAGCAACUAAGCGUAAUCAGGAAUGUAAAUAUGAACCUAUGAUGGGUGGAACCUCACUGGUACACUGGGAUGAACAUGGAUAUAGGCUUUAUGCUGUCGAGGAAGGAUCUUCAGAGAGAAUUAUUGCAUUCUCUUUUGGAAAAUGCUGUCUCAACAGAGGAGUUUCUGGGACAACUUAUGUUCGACAAGUAAUCUAUGGUGAAAAUAGGUUGCUUGUUGUCCAGUCAGAAGAUACUGAUGAACUUAAAAUCUUGCAUAUUAACCUUCCAGUUUCAUAUAUUUCCCAAAAUUGGCCCAUUUUACACGUGGCUGCUAGUAAAGAUGGAAUGUAUUUGGCAAUUGCUGGCCUUCAUGGGUUGAUCCUAUAUGAUAUACGACAAAAAAAAUGGCGUUUUUUUGGAGAUAUUAGUCAAGAGCAACAUAUUCAGUGCAGGGGCUUGUUAUGGAUGGGGAAAAUUGUUGUCGUUUGCAACUAUGACGAUGCUUUGGAUGGGUAUGAGUUACUUUUUUACCCAAGAUACCACCUGGACAAGAGUUCUCUUCUUUGUCGCAAACCGUUGCUCGCAAAACCAAUGGUGAUGGAUAUUUAUCAAGAAUAUAUACUUGUUACUUACCGCCCUUUUGAUGUCCACAUUUAUCAUGUGAAACUGUUUGGUGAAUUGACCCCUUUGAGUACUCCAGAUUUACAGCUUUCUACAGUCCGAGAGCUAUCAAUCAUGACUGCAAAGUGCCACCCUGCAGCAAUGCAUUUCAUCCCCGACCAACUUCCAAGGAAAACUUUUACAGAGAAUGGUAUAUCAUCGCCUGCCAUGUUAACGAGAGAGCCUGCUAGAUGCUUGGUUCUGAGAACAAAUGGGGAGCUUUCACUUCUUGAUUUGGAUGAGGGGAGGGAAAAAGAGCUCACUGACUCGGUGGAAUUGUUCUGGGUUACAUGCGGUCAGUCUGAGGAGAAAACUACCCUUAUUGAGGAAGUUUCAUGGUUGGACUAUGGCCACCGAGGAAUGCAGGUUUGGUAUCCAUCUCCAGGUCUCAACAGUUUUAAGCAAGAAGAUUUCUUGCAGUUGGACCCUGAAAUGGAGUUUGAUCGUGAGGUUUAUCCCCUUGGCCUAUUGCCACAUGCUGGAGUUGUGGUUGGGGUUUCCCAGAGGAUGUCAUUUUCUGCAAGCACUGAGUUUCCUUGUUUUGAGCCAGCCCCUCAAGCUCAGACCAUAUUGCAUUGCCUGCUUAGGCAUCUUUUGCAGAGAAACAAAGAGCAACAAGCAUUAAGAUUGGCACAACUAUCAGCAGAAAAACCACAUUUUUCUCAUUACCUCGAGUGGCUUCUUUUUACAGUUUUUGAGGCUGAAGUUUCUGGGAAAAACACGAGAAACAAUCUGACUACAAUAUCUAAUCACAGUUCCAUCACUUCCCUUCUGGAGAAGACUUGUGAUCUGAUUAGAAAUUUUCCAGAGUAUUUUGAUGUGGUUGUUAGUGUUGCAAGAAAAACUGAUGGUCGACAUUGGGCAGAUUUGUUUGCUGCUGCUGGGAGAUCAACUGAGUUAUUCGAAGAAUGCUUUCAAAGGAGAUGGUACCGGACCGCUGCUUGCUAUAUACUGGUAAUUGCAAAACUUGAAGGUCCUCCCGUGAGUCAAUACUGUGCAUUACGUUUAUUGCAGGCAACACUUGAUGAAUCUUUGUAUGAGCUGGCUGGGGAGCUGGUGAGGUUUCUUCUCAGAUCUGGACGAGAAUAUGAACCUGCAACUGUGAAUUCUGAAAAGUUAUCUCCUCGUUUCUUUGGAUAUUUUCUGUUUCCUUCCAGUUAUCAGAGGCAAUCUUUCGAUUCAAAUGGCUCAUUCAAGGAGCAGAAUGCACACGUUGCUUCUGUUAAAAAUAUUUUAGAGAGUCAUGCAAGCCUUUUGAUGUCCGGAAAGGAACUUUCAAAGCUUGUUGCAUUUGCGAAAGGCACACAGUUUGACCUUGUGGACUAUUUGAGGAGAGAGAGAUAUGGCUCUGCUCGCUUGGAGAAUUUUGCCUUGGCGUUUGAGCUUAUUGGGCAGAAGCUUCAAAUGGGGACACUGCAAAGUCGAUUAGAUGCAGAAUUCCUUUUGGCUCAGAUGUGCUCUGUCAAAUUCAAAGAGUGGAUUGUUGUCCUGGCUACACUAUUGAGGAGAUCUGAGGUUCUAUUUGAUCUAUUUCAACAUGAUUUACGUUUAUGGGAGGCAUAUAGCAUCACAUUGCAGUCACAUCCAACAUUUACGGAAUACCAUGAUUUGCUAGCAUCCUUGGAGGAGAAGCUACCAUAUACUUCUAAUUCAGAAGAGUUAUAAAUCACAGUGUGGUGUUUCUACCACGGACAGGUUGUGCUCUAGAUAAAAGUGUAAAGUACUUAUUGUUACAAAAGGAACACGUUAAGCAGGAAGUUGAUGAAGUAUGAUGUGGGACGUUAAAGUUCAUAACAUGAUGUCAGGUAAUGCUUAUUGUAGAAAUAAGUUGUAGAGAAGCGUAGCAUUUUGCUGCCUAUAUCAAACUUUUCAUUUCCAUUUGUUCAGUUCAAGUCUUGGUUUAUCAGUUGUAUUCUUCCUGUUUAUCUUUCGAGGACCUCAUGAAUUUAUUGUAUGAACAUUUUUUUGGAUAGAGUCAUUAACCAUGGGGCAUGGUCCUUAUCUUUUAGCUUCAGUAAUCAGUACACUUUCA